CCGGCCCAAGAGACUGACGGGACAGUAGGACUGGCCGGCAGACCGAUAGGCUGGGACGGCCUCGGCCGCGUUAGCUGCUCGGAGGCAGGAUUUCCCUGGGGAGAAUCUUCACUCAGAGCUUUGCUGACAGCCAAGGAUGGCAAGCAAAGGGCCCUCAGCCUCUGCAUCCCCUGAGAACUCCAGUGCAGGGGGGCCCAGUGGAAGCAGCAAUGGUGCUGGCGAGAGUGGAGGGCAGGACAGCACCUUCGAGUGUAAUAUCUGCCUGGACACAGCCAAGGACGCCGUCAUCAGCCUCUGCGGUCACCUCUUCUGUUGGCCAUGUUUACAUCAGUGGUUGGAGACCAGACCUAACAGACAGGUAUGCCCAGUUUGCAAAGCCGGCAUCAGCCGAGACAAGGUCAUCCCACUCUACGGCCGGGGCAGCACUGGGCAGCAGGACCCCAGAGAGAAGACCCCUCCACGUCCUCAAGGACAGAGACCAGAACCAGAGAACAGAGGGGGAUUUCAAGGAUUUGGAUUUGGAGAUGGUGGCUUCCAGAUGUCUUUUGGAAUUGGGGCAUUUCCCUUUGGGAUAUUUGCCACGGCAUUUAACAUAAAUGAUGGGCGGCCUCCUCCAGCUGUCCCUGGGACACCCCAGUACGUGGAUGAGCAGUUCCUGUCACGCCUCUUCCUGUUCGUAGCCCUCGUGAUCAUGUUCUGGCUUCUGAUUGCCUAAUGAUGGGCUCCUGCCUACAUUCACGGCAGGGCCUCUGGACUGGUGAUGUGCCACUCCCCAUUCCUGGUGUUUGGCUUCCUGGCUGAUGCUGACCCCUGGAAUCAGUGGGAUCAGUAAUACGUCAAGGAGUCUUGCUUCUCCAUCAGAGCUUUGGAACUCAAGACCAGUUGGCAAGCACCCCCAAGUGGUGCCACUGCUGUAAACACCCUCCUGUAACAUCAGGCCUUGGUGUUGAGUCCUCUCUUAUGGAUGACACCAUGAAAUUCUGUUCCAGCCAGCUCAGCAGGUCCUGACUCUGCAAAGGGAAGAGGAGGUGGGAAGGGAGAAACUGUCGGAGUAUAAUUUCGUCUGAGUUCAAUGUUACAAAAACAAAGGGAUGAACCAAAUGGUAUUUAUGGAAACUUACUUUCCAUCUCUUUAAAUACCCCUUAAUAAGUAGCCUCCAAAGCCAGUGGGGUUCCUCAUACAGAGAGGUUCCCUUUCCAGAUGCCAGUGCUGCUCUGCCCUCUUGCCUCCUCCCUCCCCCUCCUCUUCCUCAGCCGAGAUGCAAGAAAUUGCUGUUCCAUAAAGAUCAUAAUUGCAGCAGCUGAGGCUGGAGUCACUUCAUGAAUUCACCAGAGACCCAAAGAUCUUUUAUUGGCUCUGGGCUGUGCUCAAUAUCUUUGGCCCCAGAGAGCAGCUUGAAUGACCUGGUUUCCUGGUGUAAAUUGCCUCUGGUGAGACAUAUGGCUUCCCUCAGCUUUCCCAUCAGCUUUUCCCCAUAUAUGUAUCUGUCUCUGCUAGAGGUCAAACAGCUAGACUACUGCUGAGCUGGGACUUCAGUGGGAUUCGAAGCUCUGAUGCAGGAACAACUGAACAAGAAGCCCUGUUUCCUAGGCUGCCAAAGCUCCAAGUGCAUCCUCUCCCAGAACCCACCCAGAGGAAACUGGAGGCUUUGUCAGGUCAGCAGAGCUGCAUGUUGAAGACCACCAUCCUCAGAAGACAAGUUGUUCUUUAUGAAGAGGCAGGGAAAGGGGAGACACACAUGUGACCCUGACCUUAGUAUGGCUUGAUGGAUUCCCCUGAAAACUUCCUAUAUGUGUACUAAAACCAGGGAAGCAUGUUACUCCCUAGUAGGCAACGGCUGAUGAUUUGUAAAGCCAGAUGGCAGGGCCUAGGGAGCCCCAGCACAAUGAUAUGACAUAGUAUUCCUUCCUGUGAAAUCUAAGGGAAAUUAUUCAUCUGAAGCUCUUGUUUUUUGAUUUCACAAGCUUCUUUCUCAAAAUCCGAUUGAGGGAAUGUGGUGCCAGGCAAGUAGGUCCGUUCACCUAGUGGAAUGGCGGUUCUUGCUCUGCGUUCCAGGCCUUGUUCUAGAAAUCCAGGCUCUUUCUAGAGACCCCAAAGUUGGGGAAAAGUGGACUUCCUCUGAAGUCCUCUUACUUCAGCAGUCCAUACUGCUCCUGGCUAACCCCCAGCAAUAGCCAACAAGUGAUAGAAAGCGCCACCUAGUGCUUUUUUCCAGAUAUGGUUCUGCAUAGUUUGUGGAAACCAAGACCUUGAGGAAGACAAGGAAAGACGUCCUCCCCUCUCCACAGCCCCACCUCUUCUCCCUUUGCACCUGUGAAUGCCAGAGUUCAGUGUUUAAACAGACAAAAUAUAAAGUAUUGAGUAGGUGGUUCGUUUGCCGAAUCCACUUGGUAUGAAUAAGCCACCAGCUUUACAGUGUGCCUGAUGGAUUUUUAAACAUUCUUGGGCACCUACUCGAGUGCUUUUUUUAUCACCUUCUGGAAAUCCUCAGAGUUGGAGGGGUCCCUGGAGUUCCUCUGGUCUAGAGAGAAUUGGUGGGAUCCCUCAGUACAGUGUCCCCAACUAGUGGAGGGAGAGAGGAAUUCAAUCAGAUGGGUCCAACAGAAAUGGGUCUCCAGAAUAAAGAUUAAGGAAGAGUUAUGGGUAGGAAGAUGAAUCAUUUAGACUAACAAAAUGGAGUGAGCCCAAGAAAGCUGCACCAGCAAAGGCAUCCCAGGAACCUGUUAGCAAAGCCAGGUUGGCCAUGUGCGCUUUGAUUUUGAACCUUAUGGGUCCCUACUUACCCUCUGCCAGGAGCUGGGGCAGGAGAACCUACUUGGGACUCACCACCCCUCCACAGGUUCACCACAUCACCCCUCUGCCAAGGCAGCUUUCCUCUCUUUUGUGUGUGUUUUCUGUGUUCUCCACCUCCACCCUCCUCCUACCACCCUCCUCCUACCACCCUUGUGGACUAGGACCAGGUCCUGACCACAGUCAGAAAAUGACGAUAUGUACAGUGGCACACCUUGACCAGUCACUAAUUUUCACUGUUGUGAAAGUGAUUUGAUUUAGAAUUAAACAAAUGGUUUUACAUUAC